AUGGCGAUCACCAUCCCAGGCUGGGAGCUUUCAAGAGAGCUGUUGGCUUCUGCCAUCCGAGAUUCCAGGGAUAUGUGGAGCUUGAGGCGGGCACAGCAUGACAUACGGAGCUCCGGCUAUGGUGGCUGCCGGUUUCUCGCGAAUCUGCUGGUGGAGAUGUUUGGGAAGCUCGGGAGUGUGAGGAGUGCCGAGGCCGCCUUCGCCACCAUCGAGGAACCAAACGUUUACUCGUGGACGAUUCUUCUCUGCGCUUAUGCCCAUAAUGGGUAUCUUGAUUCAGCGGAGGCGACGUUUUGUGCGAUGCCGGAUAGAACUCUUGUCACUUGGAACGCUCUGUUAAGAGCUUACACGGAAUGCGGGUGUUUGGAGGCGGCCCACGAAACGUUUCUCGAAAUGCCCGAGCACAACCAAGUGUCAUGGACGAUUUUGCUUCAAGCAUAUGCCCAAGCGGGGCAUCUGGAGAAUGCUAAGGUUUUGUUUGACAGAGUUCCAGUGAAAGACUUGAUCUGUUUUAACGCGUUGAUUUCAGCAUACGGCCAGCAAGGGUAUCUUUCUGAAGCCAAAAAUCUCUUUGAUGAAAUGCCCAUUGCGAGUUUGAUCACCUGGAACAGCGUUCUUGUAGCAUAUGCACAAAACGGGCAUAUACGCGAAGCCAGGGAGCUCUUUGACGCGAUGCCCGAGCAAAGCCUGGUUUCCUGCACCACCAUUCUGCAGGCGUAUGCUCAAAACGGGCAUCUCAAAGAAGCCGCAAAGAUGCAUUCCUGGAUGCUAGAACAGGACCACGUUUCGUGGAGCUGCAUGGUAUCAGCGCACGCUCACUUUGGACGCGGCAGGGACGCGAUCGAGAUGUUUCACGUCAUGGUUUUGGAAGGAUUUGAGGCAUCGAAAGUUACACUUCUCAGUCUUCUCAUCGCUUGCAGCCACACUGGGAAGCUCGAGAGGUGCCGCCGAGAGUUUGUGGGGAUGGCUGGAGAUUAUUUGGUGAUUCCUCGCUGCGAGCACUACUGCUGCAUGGUGGACAUCCUCGGUCGCGCUGGGCACCAUGAGGAAGCCAAAGAUCUCCUCUGGUCGAUGCCUUUCGAGCCAUCUCCAAUUGCUUGGUCGGCCAUGCUUGGGUCUCUGGUGAUUCACGGCGAUCGAGAUCGAGGUGGUGAAGAGCUUGUCAAAGUGCGCAUGCGAUUUCUGGAGCAGCAAAAUUCCAUCUUGUGA